UGUGGCAGAUGAGCUCCACCACUACUCAGAGUCGAUAUAAAAGGCCCCCAAGGAGACGGAGGGCGGAACCACAGCCUUGAAGCGCAGGAAGAAGCACAGAGAGAGAUGGGAAGUUCCGGUUUCAAACUGUUCGGCAAAAUUAUCGUCAACUUCAGCAGCGGCCAUCUGUCUGUUCAAGCGCCGGCACCGACCAUGUGCAAGGAUGCGGUUGGGUUUCGGAAGGACGACCCAUCGUUCACUUUGCUCCAACAGUAUGAGGUACCAAUGGAGAUCAAAAGGCCAAACACUGAAGCAGAUGAUACAGAGAAGACCCCUAAAACGAAGUCCCCAACAGUCCGGCCUGGAGAAGAAACACCCACCCCCUGCCCCAGAUGUAAUAGUUUGGACACCAGGUUCUGCUACUACAACAAUUAUGAUGUCGAACAACCGCGGCACUUCUGCAAGGCCUGCCAGCGGUUCUGGACAAUUGGGGGGUCCAUGCGCGAUCUCCCGGUCGGCUCCGGUCGCCGGAAACGCAGGCGGAAAUCAGGAAUGGACAUGGAAACGGUGGAAUCAGUCAGGGGUUCCUGUAAUUCCUCUCCAUUUUUCGUGGCCGCCACCAUGAUUCUGGGACAUGCCGGUGAAUGUGCAGGCAUGCCCUCCUGAAAUACAUGAUUCUGCUUCUCCCCAAGUUGGCUUCAUGGUCAUUGAAGAAGAUCAAAUAUUAUUGAGAUCAAUCGCUGGGGUUGUUCAUAGACGAAUUGAU